AUGUCUUACAAGGUUAUGGUUUUGGUCGCUCUUGUGGCGGCCACUGCUGCCCGCCCUGAUAAACCUCCUGCCCCAACCUAUGGCGCCCCGCCCCCAGUUCCUGCCCCUGCGCCUGCCCCUGCCCCAGUACCGGCUCCUGCCCCAGCACCGGCUCCUGCCCCAGCACCGGCUCCUGCCCCAACCUAUGGAGCACCUCCCCCUCCUCCACCGGAGGCACCUGCAAAGUACUCCUUCAGCUGGAAGGUGAAGGACGACGCCUCCGGCAACGACUUCGGCCACGACGAGACCCGUGAUGGUCCCCACACGGAGGGCGUCUACUACGUCCUGCUUCCCGACGGUCGAGUACAGAAGAUUGUUUACACUGUCGACGGUGAAGGCGGUUAUGUUCCCGUUGUGACCUACGAGGCCCCGGCCAAGCCCCCGACACCCGUCUACACUCCACCUCCUGUCUACACCCCACCUCCCCCCACCACCCCUGCUCCUGUCUACUCUCCACCUCCCCCUACCACCAAAGCUCCUGUCUACGGUUAGAACAAGCUCCCAAGCUCCAUCUACAUCCAGGUUCAAGUCAAUAUCCCACAUAUUUUCAUCUGAGCUCCUGUUACCACUACAGUUCCUGUCUACAUUCCACCUCAAGUCUACGUCUAGGAAAAGCUUCCAAGAUGCAUCUAUAUUCUAAAUCAUUUCUAUACCCCAGUUCCUUUCUACACCAGAGAAGCUGUCUACGAGAGAGCAACAGGAUCAACUCGGAUCUUGUCCCAAGCACUUGAUACCCAAUCGAUAUAAAAUGUAUAUUUAUAUUAGACUAAUAUUAUUUAUUGGUAAUACUCUUAUGCCAUGGAACAAAAAUAAAGUGCAUUAUGAACUAAAU